AGCAACGCUGAAAACAGAACAAAAAAGAGAAAAAAAUUGUGCGCGUUUAGAUGCAUCUGCCUGUGUUAUGAAAGUGUGAAAGUCUGACGGUGAUUGAAGAGGGAAAAAUUUUAGAAAACGAGCAAAGUGCAUGUACAUAAGUGUGAUAGACGACCUGCACGUCGAAUUGCUACUCCAACUCUUCAAUUAACAUCACACCGUACAGAAAACAAGUCAAAGUAGCCCAAGGCGAAACAGAAAAUGUGCUGACGUCAUACCUGGCAUUUCAAUAUUUUGCAAAUGGCGAUUGAUGACGACGUUGGAUUCUGCUGUCUGAAGGCUGCCUUCCUUGCAUCAUAGUGGGAACGGAGAUGCAGAGAACGCCAUUCGCCUGUUGAAGAACUGAAGUAAAUACACACACAAAAAAAUCACCCAAGGCGACAAACAUAAACACACAAAAAAGGAAAGUCCUAGAUGCGGUGUUGGUUGUAUGGAGAGUCUGAUAUCGAUCCGCCCAACAGACGGUGAAAAGCGGCUGUCCUCCUGGACAGCUUGAUACAGUCGCUGAAACUCGAGGCUCUUCCGAGUGAACACACGAUCCCCUUUGACUGAUAUAUAUAUAUAUGAUAUAUAAACAAGUCGUGGAGCGUGACUGACUUGUGACUGUAUACAAUCAAACAACAAUAGACAGGCAGGCAACGGUCAAGAAGAUCAAACAUUGAAUCAAAGAUGACGACUGCCGGAGGGGAGCGGACUGUAGUAGCCGGAGGCAACGAAUCUUCGCUGUUGGCGGGUAACUGGAGCGAAAAGAAUUGGCUGCUCCUGGGCAACGUCUGGUACAGCGAUGAAGACGAUUCCAAUGAAACAUCAGAUACUGAGCAAGCCGGAAAUUUCAGCGGGAUAAACAUCAAUGGUUCUGUUUUGAUUAAUGCAUCUAUUAGUGCCAGUCGCUAUUUGAACAUUACAGCCGACCUGGACAUCCGUUACGCUCUGCCGCUCUACGGAUACAUUAUGCCCUUCCUAGUGGUCAUUACCAUCAUCGCCAAUACGCUGAUUGUCCUCGUCUUAUCCAAGAAACACAUGAGGACUCCAACCAAUCUUGUUCUGAUGGCCAUGGCUUUGAGCGACAUGUUUACGCUUCUUUUCCCGGCUCCUUGGCUACUCUAUCUCUACACUUUUGGCAACCAUCAUCGACCGUUGAGACCUCUGUCAGCUUGUUAUGCCUACAAUUUCAUGAACGAAGUUAUACCAGCUCUUUUUCAUACGGCUUCCAUUUGGUUGACUUUGGCUUUGGCAAUCCAGCGUUACAUUUACGUCUGUCAUCCGCCAUUGGCCAGGACUUGGUGCACCAUGGAAAGGGUCAAGAAAGCUAUUGGUUGGAUUUACGUCCUGGCCCUGGUGCAUCAAUUCCCACGUUUAUUUGAUCAGGUGUACCUGCCGGUAGAUAUCUACUGGGAAGGUGAAGGAGUUGUGACAACCUGCUGCAAAUACGAAGCUGAUUGGGUCACUGACAUUUUCAGCCAGGUGGUCUAUUACAAUCUUUACUUUUGGUUCCGAGUUGUUUGCGUGCACCUGGGACCUUGCGCCUCGCUGGUUCUGCUCAACGUCCUUUUAUUCGGGGCGCUGCGUCGGGCUCAGCAAAAGCGAGAUAAGCUUUUCAAGGAAAACCGCAAAGCUAGCGAAUGCCGAAAAUUAAGAGAUUCUAAUUGCACGACGCUCAUGUUGAUUGUCGUCGUCUCCUGUUUCCUGGUCGUCGAGAUCCCGUUGGCCGUUCUGACUGUCCUGCACAUUUUCGAUGCCUCCCUCGAACUGCGAGUCCUCGACUAUGACGUCAUCAACGUCCUGAUCCUGUUCACCAAUUUCUUCAUUUCGCUAUCGUAUCCGAUCAACUUUGCCAUCUAUUGCGGCAUGAGUCGUCAGUUCAGGGAGACCUUUCAGGGUCUGUUCACCCCAUCGGCUUCUUCUGGCAGGUUGGCCACAGGCAGUGCUCAUCAGGGUGCUUCAUCGGUAGCCAACCGUCACAACGAUUGCAAUUACUCGACUGUUGCUGCUAACGGGAUCGGAACCAAAAGUCUGGUGACUAACGAGACGGGCGUUUGAAUGUUUCUCUCGCAAGAUUCUGUAAAAGGGAGAAUGUCACUAAAUUAUAUAUCCCAAGCACAUACACACACAAACACACACGGACUGUUUAUUGCCCUCUUGUUAGAGGUUCAUUCUAUCGGCUUUGAUCCUGGAUUUGUUACAGGACGCACAUUGUACGCACGUCAAAUGAGAAAUUCUUGUCAUAUGUGAUACGUGUUUGCUAUUCAUUUGAGUUAUUUCUAUUUUUUUUUUUUUUUUUACAAGAGCAGAGGAGGUGAUUAGGGUGUGGCCAAAAGGCUCGUCAAUUUCAGUUUGAUAAUGGGCAUAGUUUUCACCUCGAAGGAUGGGGAACAUCUAGCUCAGAGCCCGCACGAAGUUCCACAUUCUUCGAUGAAGAAACCUUAUCCAAUCGGGAUUCUUAUUAAUGACGUAAGCACAUAUUUUUUUUGUUUCAUUACGUUACGCGAGCUUAGCAUUUGUCCACCCCCCCCCCCAUUUUUAACGAUUAAAAAAAAAAUAGUUUGACUAAUUCAAAAAUUGAAUAUCACUUUAAAAUUUAAAAAUAUAGUAUCUUUUGUAUUAGUUUCUCUCUGAGACAUUAUUGUACUACCGUUUCGCAAGAGAAUAUCUAUUCGUUUUUAUGCCUACUAAAAAAAAAAUGUGUUGUGUUGUUUCUAAAUUCCAAAUUGAUCAUUCACUUCCAUGCACCAUGCACUGCAUUGCUAUGUAAACAUAUUUACACGGAAUUCUAAUAUAUAUACUAUAUUGUACCGCA